AUGGCCGCGUUUACAUUCAAAGCGACGAAUGCCAUGUUCAAGUCAUGUGAAAUCGAAAACUGUCGACGUAUUUCAGCCGCAUUAUGUCAACACUGUAAGAAAAGUGUCUGCCGACGUCACUUUGACGAACACGCGGAUCAGCUUACACAAGAAUUACACCCGUUAGUUGAUCAAAUGAACGAAUUAAGAGAGACAAUCAGCAUCUUCUCUGUAGGAGAAUAUAAACUACAACUACUUAAGAAGUUAACUGAGUGGCGCGAUGGAGCUAUAAAAAGAAUCAAUAGAUUAUAUGAAUUGAAAAAGCAAAAAAUCGAGAUGCUUUUCCAAGAAAACGAAGAAAUGUAUUCAAAACAAACAAGCAAUCAUAUAACAACUCUCGAUGCACUGAAACAAGAAACGACAACUUUUAUCAAAGAAAAUGACGUGACAAUUGAAGAACUGAACUCAUUAAAAGAAAAUCUCCGUAAAUUAGAAAAACUUGUUAGUGAAACGCACAAUGAUCUUGUGAGGUGUGAUGUAGAACCGUUGUCUAUUAAGUACAACUCAGUUCUUGUUUAUUCUGGGAAAAAUAAUUAUAUGCUGGGAGGGACAUUACUUUGUGCUGAUUAUCAAAUGAAACUGAAUGAAUUUUAUCGCAAAUCAACACAAAAAUGGCAAUUAAUCUACAAAGCACAAAUAGAUGGUUUUGGUGCAAAAGAUUUUCAUCGUUGUUCAGAUGGUAAAGGACCUACAAUGACUAUCAUAAUGAGUAAAAAUGAAAAUUAUUUGUUCGGAGGUUACACAGCAAUAUCUUGGGGUUCCGAUAACACAUAUAAAAAGGAUCCAGCAGCGUUUUUAUUCACUCUAAGGAAUCCUCAUGAUAUUCAGCCUACAAAAUUUUCCCACAAUGCCCAAAUAGCCUGGACCGUCGCGCAUAAGAGUUGUUUUGGUCCAUGUUUUGGUGGAGUCAAGAGAAACGAAGAAGAAUUAGAUGACAUCAUUGUAUGUAGUAAUGCAAACGAAAGUCCAGGCUCAGAGUUUUCAUUUCCAUCAAGCUACCUUGAUACAACUGGAAGGGGUGAAACACUUUUCACCGGAGAAAAGAACUUUAUGGUGGAAGAUAUCGAAGUUUACACACCUUUGAUUGAAUAA